UAUAUAUAUAAAUUCCCUCAUGUGGUGCUCAACACAGGAAGCCAAAUAGCUUUGCUUUUGCUGUUGCUGUUGCGUACACAUAUCUGCCAUUUCUCCCUGCUUCUCUUCUCACUUUCUCUCUCACUUUUCGUCUCCUUCUGCUGCGUACGCAAAAAAGAGAAGCUUGUACAACCCAUUCCAUUCUUCUCCACGCCGAGUCGCUGCAUAUUAAAGGGAAGACAAUAAUGAAUAUGAGGUUUUCGGCUUCAGUCCAAAAGCAAAUACAGCCCCUUGUGAACUUACAAAGAGCUAUAAAUAUGGAGCCUUUUUUUCGCCGAAAAGAUAAGGUGGUGUUCGUUGUAGGCCCAACUGGGACGGGCAAAUCAAGAUUGGCUAUUGACCUUGCAACUCGUAUCCCAGCGGAGGUCAUCAAUUGCGACAAAAUGCAAGUCUACAAAGGCCUCGAUACAGUAACUAAUAAGGUAACAGAAGAAGAAUGUCGCGGUGUGCCUCACCAUUUGAUAGGUGUCGUAGAAGACCCAAUUGCCAAUUUCACUUGCGAUGACUUUCGCUUUCACGCCUUAGAAGCCGUCAAUUCCGUUGUCGCUCGUGAUCGCCUGCCAAUUAUCGCUGGUGGUUCUAACUCUUUCGUCGAGGCUUUAGCGAAUGAUGAUCCUGAUUUUCGAUUGAGGUACGAAUGUUGCUUUCUUUGGGUGGAUGUAUCGUUGCCUGUGCUGCAUUCUUUUGUAUCUGAACGAGUCGAUCGAAUGGUGAAAGCGGGAUUGGUGAAAGAAGUGAGAAGCAUGUUUGAUCCAAGCAAAAGUAACUACUCACAAGGAAUUCGACGAGCAAUUGGAGUGCCAGAAUUGGAUCAAUAUUUCCGCAAUGAACACAUUGUCGAUGCUAAAAAUAGAGCAAAGCUCCUCGACAGAGCUAUUGCAAAAAUUAAAGAGAACAAUUGCAUUCUAGCUUGCCGUCAAUUGCGAAAAAUCCUUCGACUUUAUAAUCGAUGGAGCUGGAAAAUGCAUCGCAUCGACGCUACAGAAGUUUUUCUAAAAAGCGGAGAAGAAGCUGAAGAAGCAUGGGAGAAACUUGUGGCGGGGCCUAGUUCCAGGAUCGUGGAGCAAUUCCUUUACGAUGGAGAUCAUAUGACUACCAUUGUACCAUCAGAGACCGUGACUGUAAUGGCUUCUGCUGGGAUCCCCAUUCCUAUUCCUGCCAUGGUCGCUGCAGUUACUCGAUAAACUUCCCUCCAUUGCUCUUUCUUGGGUGAGACAAUUUUGGUUUCUGUAAGUAUGUAUCAUAAUAAAAUAAAAUAAAAUCGGGUCAAAUCCUUAGAGAAGAUAUUGUUGGGAGGAAGAGGAACAGUCAUUAAUUCCGAAGAAAUGAGUCCUCCAUGGAUGAUACAAUAGACCUGAAAAUGUUAUCCUGAUGAAUAAAAAUUAAAAUAAAAUGGUUAUUUAUUAAAAAAAAAAAAAAA